CAUGAUGGGCUGGAGGCGGAUGGGCUGUCUUCGUUUUGCUGGAGGACCGACGUCAGUGUUUGUGCUGGACAGGGGAAGAUGGCGGAGGCUGCGGCUGUACCCCCGCAUCGGUUUUUCUGUCACUGUUGUAAGGGAGAAGUGAGUCCCAAGCUCCCGGAAUACAUCUGCCCAAGAUGUGAUUCAGGGUUCAUAGAGGAAGUAACAGAAGACUCCAGUCUCCUAGAGGGCGGCGCUAAUGGGAUAGAUGACACAGCCACACAAUUUGCAGAGCUCUGGCAACUGUUGUUUGUGGAGCGGCCAUUUACAACAGACGGUGACAGCCCUGACUCAGAGGCCCGGGUGCCUGGAGGGGGGUUGGGGGGUCUCAGUGGGUUGGGAGGGUUGGGAGGGGGACCAAUUGGGGGGUCAGUUCCAGCAGGCCUAGGGGGCGCAAUGGGGGGCCCACUAGGAGCUGCGGACCACUGGGGACCAGGACGUCCCCCUCGCAUGCACAGCCAAAGAAGAUACCGGUCCAGGGGCAGCAGUAGGCCAGACCGCUCGCCUGCUGUGGAAGGGAUCGUACAACAGUUUCUUGCUGGUCUCUUUGCCAACUCUGGAGUCCCUGGCUCACCUCCCCUCUCAUGGACAGGGAUGUUGCACUCUAACCCAGGAGAUUACGCCUGGGGACAGGGAGGGUUAGAUGCUGUUAUAACACAGUUAUUAGGUCAAUUUGAGAACACGGGGCCUCCUCCAGCAGAGAAAGAAAAGAUCUCUUCCCUCCCCACUGUCAAUAUCUCUCAGGAACAAGCAGACUGCAGUAUGGAAUGUCCGGUGUGCAAAGAGGACUUUUCGGUGGGAGAGCCUGUCAGACAGCUACCCUGUAACCACUUCUUUCACUCAGACUGUAUAGUACCAUGGCUGGAAAUGCAUGACACAUGUCCAGUGUGUAGGAAGGGUUUGAAUGGAGAGGACAGCAGCAGCCAGCCUCCGCCAGAGUCCCCCUCGCUCUCCACGGACUCUCGCACACAGGAGAGAUGGUCCUUUUGAGACGCCCACCUGUCUUAUCCCUCAGUUCCCCUCGCCUACAUUCAGCAUCACACACAGAGAAGACAUAAUGCUUCUCACUCUCCCCUGUUCAUCUCCAUUGCAGUCAACAUCAUCUCAGUCUAAUUUUUUUUUCAUUAUUUUCUAUUUUAAUGACUUUGUCCUGACCCGUGUAUACAGAUGCUCUCUCUCACACACCUCAACUCAUGAGGUCUGCUAGAGCUCCUAAUUACAACAAAACAGCCCAGACUGAUCAUCAGCCUCAUGUCGUCGUUUUUCCACUUGUUACGCCAACCCCUUCUUCCUGCCCCCCUGAAAAUGCACUGCUGUAAUACACUGUUGUGGGGAAAUGCCAGACUUCAUGUACCUUGCCCUCUUUACUCAGCCCACGAUCAGCUGAAACCUGCAACUGAGCCCUCCAAGUUAUAUGGUUCACAUCGGACCAAAUAUGUGUCGCUUUCACUCUUGCCAUUUAGUGUCCUUCAAUAAGUGAAUGACAUAGAGCAUUUUGUAGGAAGGAUGCAGAAAAGCUGCUGUGUAAUGGCCACAAAUGGGAGCUCUUACAUUAAAGCUUAGGAUUCCUUACGCCUGUCUGGACCCUUUUACAUCUUAAUGGAUAAUGUUUGUGUCCAGUAAGGCCAAAGGAAAGGGGCAAGGACUCAAUAUGGAACUCGGCCUAUUAUUUCCUUAAUGUUUCAGAAAUCAAACUUCCUCCUUCUGGUGUAUAUAGUAUAAACAGAUGGCAUCCCUUGGUCAUAUUAUCCUUCUGUUUAUGACUGUCUUCUGUUUCACAUUUUUAUCACUUUUUUUUUGAUGUAAAUAAUUUUAGUCCAACAACUUAUGGUUUGAAAAGAAAAAAAAAAGAAUGGAGAGGCAAAUGUGAAAUACCUGGUUAUCAGAAUAUGUAUAUUAUAUAUAUG